GUAGAAUCAUACAUGCAAGAGCGCAAACACACACGGAUUAUUAUUUCAGCACAAAAAUGAACAUGAAGGCAGGGGGAAAAUACUCCGACCGGCCUGACUGAAGACAUGAGACAACCUUUGCUCCUUCUCAGUCUGUCGCUGGCAGUCCUCCUCUCUGCCAAUGUGCUGGCUCAGAACCAGAUAGAGAUCCAGUUCCAGACUGACCCGGUGUUGGUUCAAACCGGUGCUGAGAUCGUGUUCACAGUGCUGACAGUGUCCCAGGUGUUUUCCAUGACAUGGCAGUACCAAGGAGGGGUCACUGUGGGUCAGUGGUCCGGAGGAUCCCAAACGAUUAACACAGGGACCCAGUUCCAGGACAGGAUCACCAUCACCAACACCCAGCUCCGAAUCGUGGGCGCCCAGCUACGAGAUGCGGGGAAAUUCACAGUGGUGGUGACCCCCACUGCUACAACAGGCCUGGUCACUAACUCCAGAUCGAUACAGCUGAGGGUGUUUGAUGCAGUGGCCACGGUGACUCUGUUGGUUCCCUCAGUGGCGGUAGAGGCGAGAAAUGUGUCUCUGAGGUGUACGUGGACUGGCGGUACAGAUAUCACGGUCCGGUGGGGCAAAGGAGGGGCAGCCAUCCUCGCCGACGACCGGAUCACCAUCUCAGCUGGCUCUCUGGUCAUCAACCCAGCCAGGCGGAGUGAUGCCGGGGAGUACACGUGUACCGUCAGCAACCCUAUCAGCGCCCAAACUGCCACAGAGAGCCUCACUGUUUACUAUGGCCCUGACAUCCCAGUGCUGACCAAGGUCUCCCCGAAAGAGUGUGUCGGGGGAGGGGAUGUGUUGGUGGGACAGACUGUGCGUCUCACCUGCGUGUCUGACUCGCUGCCUCCUGCCCUGUUCUCGUGGCAACGUGACGGGCAGCCGGUCGCAUCCGUCCAGCCAGACAGCGGGGUGCUCAGCCUCCAGACUUUCUCAACGGACGAGAGCGGUCCGUACGUCUGCACGGCCAGAAACGGCCUCACCGGUGGCACGUCGCAGCAAGGGGUGGACUUGGCAAUCGUAGCCACAUGUCUGGAUGUAGGAGAAGUGGUGGGGAUUGUGAUCGGCUGUUUGCUGCUGAUCCUAAUCAUUGUGCUCCUCAUCGUGCUCAUUGUUUGCCUCGCGCGAAGGAGGAGGGCACAACAGAGACAAAGUGAUACUUCCGUGAAGACCAACCCAAAUCCCGGGCCGAUACCUCCAGAUCCACAACCUAAUGGUGCAAGGGAUUUGGGCCACGGUCCCCACCCCCCCCUGUAUCACUUGAACACACACACCCACCACCCUGACCGCAUAUACGCAGCCCCGCCUGAAAGUCGUGGCAACCCACAGACGCUGCAGCUGAACGGGGUGCGUAACUCCAACACACACCAACACAAUGGUCGUACCCACACAAAUGGACUCCUCCACAAUGCCUCUCAGAAUGCCAAUUCAUACCGACACAAUGGCAUUGACAACCGGGCUUUCACACACAACGAUUCUCAGAAUGCAAACACACUCCCGAACACACAGCAACAAAAUCCCAACAUUCUCAUACAGACGGGCACUAACCAGGGCGGCGCCCAGCCGUCGGCGGUCCAUGUGAGCCUUAACACGCUGCCACAAACUCCCCAGCAAAACAACAAUGCACAAAUACCCACCAUUCAUGUCAACCUUAACUCAUACCCAAACACUAGUCAACAGACUCAGGGAGACAACUCAUUUCCGCUUACCAAUACAACCCAACAAAACGUGACGCAAACAGGGCAAUUAAAUCCCAGAAUGCAAAGUGGGCAGUCCUAUCCUAGUAACAUAGAAGCAGGUCACCAAGAUCAGCCUGGACUCGUCCCGACUGGAUACACGCACUAUCACAGUAAUAACAGUCCUCAGCGAAACGCCAACACGCAGACCUACCAGCAGGAGCCAGAGCCUCAUCGCCGGUCCGAUAGAAACUCUUGGGAUCUCCUCAGAGGGACACCAGCGUACACUCCUCAGCAAAACGCCAACACAGAGACCUACCAGCAGGAGCCAGAGCCUCAUCGGCGGUCCGAUAGAAACUCUUGGGAUCUCCUCAGAGGGACACCAGCGUAUCCCAGCGGCACGCCUCAAAGAGGACAGACCUCACCCGAGUACACCUCUGACUAUACAGACAACACUACCCAUCCUCCCAUACGAGAGCUAAGAACACCAAACCGAUCCCAGCCCCGACCUCAGAGCCAAAACACUUCCCGGAGCAGAGCUCUACUCAGACAAGACGCACCAUUAGUGGACAGACGGACACGGAGCCGUUCAGCUAAUCUUCAAGGCCCAAACACUCUCAGUGUAACACAGCUUGAGGCGGAACGCCACGCACAGAGAAGUGGCCACACACAAAGGGAGGGUGCUCAGCGAGACAUCAGAGGUUCGUCUGGUAGCCAUACUGCCCCCAGGCAGGAAACCACACACAACAAUAACCCCCGGGCACUGACUCUCAUGAGCCAGCAGGCCUCUGUAGGUCGCUCUGCUCUGCCACAAGGACCGAUGACACGUCAGGGACCGACUGCAGAUUCAAGAGCUUUGGCUGAUCCUAAUCACCUUCCACAGGCACACAUGGCCCUGCAACACAGAGCAGUGUUGAUCCAAACACCACCACAAGGCCCGGGCAAGCUGACACAUCCUGUCACAAAUGGCGCCAAUCAGCCUCGCCAAGGAGGCACUGCUCCAGUCCCACAGUCCUCUGCCCAGCUUAAUCCCAGUAACCUAACCCAGGCUGCACUUACAGCCCACACUGAGAGGGCUCAAACAUUUCAGAAUCGGAAACAACAGACUCAGGCUGCUCUGCUUCAUCCCGUACCACAGGCACGUGUUCCUGCAGCUGCAGCUCAGCACGCACCGACUCCUCCUCCUGUUAUCCCCCUCGCACAGUUCCAGGCCCUCCCCAAGAAGCAGCACAAAUCCCCAACGAGAGGUCUUCAGCCUCCCAGACCUCCUGUCAACAUACCGGUGGCUCAACGUCCCGGACAAGUUCAGCAGCGGCACGCCAACCAUCACCACCAUCCUGAAAAUGGCACACACAGGCAUGCCCGUGGCCACGGGCACCCCUCCCACUUCACCCACCCACAGCAGCAUCAAGCUCCCAGAGGGAGACCAAGAUGAUGACAGAUGUCAGCAGACUACACUACAACUGUCUCGCAUGCAUCUACUGACACAAACAAACAGCUGACAGACGUGAUCCAAUAUACCACCAAGCAAGACUGACUGGAUACGGUUCCGCUCUCAGAAACACUGCCAUUCACUGAUAUCUAAGUAAUAUCUGUUUUUUUUAAUGUCUCCUAUGGGGAUGAUAAAAAUGUAAGCUUACUGUCCUAGAAAUAAAUGAACAAUUAUCUCAAGGAAGGUGGCUGAAUGUACAUAAAAUAAGCUACAUGGUGAUACUGGAGGACGUUGAGAUAAAAUGCUCCCCAUCAACAACCCCUCUCUCCAAACACACACUAGACCCACAUGUAUUGUACUACUUUGACUUCUGGAGCACUGGUCAUGAAUCAAAGCCUGCUCAGAGAAGACAAGUUCAGUGAUCCAUAACUCUAGACCAAGCUCACCUCCCAUCAUCCAUUCAUCAUCAAAACUUAACAACACCACCGUGACAAAAUGCACUUGAGCUGCUGGCAUGAAUAUGUGUGUUUCAUCUGUUCGUGACAGACAGUAAGCCAGAAGGGAAUUGGCCCCUGAGUGACGGUGAUGGUUAUAGAGGAGGGUAUUAGCCAUAGUGGUGGUCUUUAAUGUACAUGGAACUAUUUAUUUUGAGCUUUCUGUUUACAGAUGCUUCUUAUAACACUUCUCAAUUAAGCAGAUUAGCCUCAGUGCUGCUAUGAAUUUAUGCUCAGCUAACUAUGAAGGGGUAUCCCUCAGAUAAAUGGGUGCUUAUUAAUUAAAGGUUUUAAAUGACUUGGGGAAAAUAAUCACACCCUUGCAGGAAUGAGGUCAGCACAAAGACUUGAGCGGCCACACUUUCUGCUGAAAAAGCACAUUGUAACAAUUUACUGUCUGACCUGGGUCAUGGACGGCACAUCUUUUAUACAAUGGGAUAUCGUUAUUACUUUUACCAAUUACGUAUUUAUUGAUUUAGAAUGUUUGUGAUUAAUUUUAAACUUGCAAUUGAUUGUGAUUGUUGUUGCACCAAUGGAUGUCAAUGGCAUUAUUAUUGAAUAAAUGUUAAUUUCAUAUGAAAUGUCAUGGAUGAGAGUGGCUGUAUUCUAUAUGUUAAUUAUUGUCAACAAAUC